AUGAGUCCUCUAUCUCCUACGCAGAUUCAAGCUCUUCUUGAGAGACCAGCAGUGUCUCCUCCUCCUGGACAAGCCUCAAAUCUUGACGAUCCUCCCAACCUGCUCAUAUUUGGCCGCACAAUAAUUCUACUGGCUUGGAUUUUAUCUUCCAUGCUCAUCCUCAUUCGCGUCUACACGAAGAUCGUUGUCGUCCGUAAAUUCAGAAUGUCUGACUAUGCUAUGCUACUAGCUUGGGGACUCUUCAUGGGCUACCUAGUGAUGGGCUGGAAAAUAAACGAACUCGCACCAGGCGUGGAUCAGUGGAAUAUUCGCUUGAGAGACUUUAUCAAGAUGUAUUACUACUUCCACAUCGACUCCAUUAUAUACGGCAUCAUCAUCUUCUUCAUAAAACUGUCGAUUCUGCUUCAAUAUCUCGAGAUCUUCUCAGUCCAACGAGACUUCUUCUUCUGGGCCUGCCAUGGCCUGAUCUGGGUGAAUUUCGUCUUCUACGCAAUACGUACCUUCCUGGAGAUCUUCGCCUGUCGGUACCUCUCGGAAACCGGGGGUAUGUUGAGGAUCGAUGGAGCUUGUCCCAUAGAAACUAUGUUGAUCAGCAUCGUCUCGAGUGCUAUCAAUUCGGCAUCAGAUAUAAUAAUUCUGAUCUUGAUACAGAUCCGCAUCUGGCGGCUGCAUAUGACGCUGCACAAGAAGAGUUCGGUCUCUGUAGUGUUCUUGUUUGGUCUCCUAGCUACUGUCGCAUCUAUACUAGGAGUAGCAUAUACCGUCUUUAUCUACACCAAAACCAACAACUCCUACAACAGUUGGUGUGCAGGGGUAUGGACUGUGAUAGAGAUAGCAUGCGGGAUAAUCGCAGGCUGCCUUCCCUCGUUCUCCAGGUUCUUGCGGAAUAUCUCGCAGAGUGCUUUUAUUUCAGAAUUGGGGGGCUUUCUGCAUAAUAUGGUCUCAUCCUCGUCCUCAAAACGCCGAAAAGACCCGGACGUUGAUGUGGAUAAAACACGGAGAGUGCCUGAUCAAUACCCUCUGGCUUCAUUUGCGCCGGGCACUCAGCUCUCGCUAUCGUCGACGGUGGCUGCGGACUCCCUUCGACCCUAG